GCAAUGAAUACAGGAAUAGCUUAUUUUCUUUGCAAUCAAUAUCUGUCUAUUAUUUAUAUCGGGAAGAAAUUAAUUUCACCCAGCAGAUUCAGACAUGUCAGGAAACAGAGCACCGGUCAAUCACGAUUAUAAAUAGCAAUGGGUAAGGAGAACAAGGGCUCCAACACAAUUCGCCGCAGAAAGAACAAGCCGACUGUAGAGGAGAUCAGCAAAGCCCGAGAGAAGUGCCCAUCAGCCCCACUUGUAGCUUCUUCCUUAGAAGAUGAAGGAAGCUACAUGUUUAAUGAGGAAGUUUUGGGUCCGUCACCAAUGAAGCAAAUCAUGUCUUCUGAUCAGCAGUUAUUCCUUGGUCUUUUUGCGUUCAGAACUGUCAAUGCUUUACUCGUACAGACCUACUUUGUCCCUGAUGAGUUCUGGCAGUCACAAGAAGUAGCUCACAAAAUGGUGUUUGGGUAUGGUUACCUAACUUGGGAGUGGCGCUAUGGUUUACGUGGCUACCUUUAUCCAAGCAUGUUUGCUAUUUUCUUCAAGAUCUUGGCAGUGUUUGGUUUGGACAAUAGACUCAUGCUGAUAAAGAUGCCUCGAAUUGUUCAGGGGUUUUGGGCUGCCUGUGGUGACCUGUUUUUGUACAAACUAUCAAGGCGGUUAAGUGACCGUCCCACUGCCCAGUGGGCACUCCUGUGUCAGAUCCUAUCCUGGGUGACCCUCUACAUGAGCACACGGACCCUCAGCAACUCCUUGGAGUCUGUCCUCACUGUCAUGGCAUUGUACUACUACCCCUGGCCAGGAAAACCUAGGCUUGGUUCAUGGAAGUUUUUGGCACUGGCAGCUUUGUCUGUUCUCAUCCGUCCUACAGCAGCUGUUGUUUGGAUUCUGCUCUGCUCCUGGCAUUUGCAGCAACAGAAACAGAAUCUGUUGCGACAACUCAGGGUUUAUGUGCUUGUGGGAUCUGUGGCCCUGGCCAGCUCAGCUCUUCUGGAUCGUCUGUGUUAUGGACAUUGGGUGAAUGUUCAGUAUAACUUCAUGGAAUUCAAUGUGUUAUCUGGUAUGGGAACCUUCUAUGGAUCCCACCCCUGGCACUGGUAUCUCACCCAGGGUGUGCCUAUCCUGCUUACCACCCAUUUACUGCCGUUUACCCUUGGGGUCUGGUGGGCACGAAACAAGGUGCUGCUCUGGGUCAUUCUCUGGAUUAUAUUUAUAUACAGCUUUCUGGGCCACAAAGAAUUUAGGUUCUUGUAUUCAUUGGUACCAAUGGCAAUGUACUACUGUGGAGUAUACUGCCAAUCUCUCUGCACAUUACCAAGAAUUCACAGAAAGAAAUUAAAACAGCAGCAAGCCAAGUUAAGCUCAGAAGAUCAGAGCGAUAGUGCCAAUAAUAAGUAUUCAGAUGCAGAGGACAGUCCACCAACAAUGCCUGUUGAAGCUAAGCCUCUACCUAUUGAGUUACAACAACAACAGAAGCACAAAUUCAGUCUUAUGAAAGCUAAAUUGCUGACAAUAUUUCUGGCUGUUACGAAUAUACCAAUAGUACUUUACUUUAGUCUCAUCCAUCAGCGGGGCACCAUUGAAGUCAUGAGGUACCUCUACCAACAGGGGGAGGCACAAGACAUAAAUGUUAUGUUUCUAAUGCCGUGCCAUUCAACUCCAUAUUACAGCUAUCUUCAUUUAAACCAAACAAUGAGGUUUUUGACGUGUGAACCAAACUUUGGACGCAUGGAAAAUUACACAGAUGAGGCAGAUAUUUUCUUCACAGAUCCAGAAAAAUGGUUGACUAUGGAAUAUGACAUGGGAAAUUCUUCUCUUCCUACCCAUUUUGUUUAUUUUGAUGGUUUGAUACCGGACAUUCAGGGAUUUUUAUCAAAACACAAGUAUGUGACAAAAAUCAAAUUGUUCCACACACAUUUGCCAGAAGGCCGAGUGGGAUCCAAAGUCUUGGUGAGCACAUUGAAUAAAAAACUGAACCCCAAGAGGUGAUAUUUAUCAUAGGUAGUAAGGAUUGUAUUACAAGGUUGCUGUACAUGUACCAGUAUAUAUAAUUCAGGAAUGCAGAAGAUUUAAACAUUUACUUACAACGCACACCAGAAUAACAGUAUUGUUAACUGACUCCACAAAUACAUUUAGUUAAGAAUUUUGCUUCAAGUUGAAAUAUUAGUGACAUGGUCUUUGAUUUAGAAAGUGUUAUUUUGUAGUAAAUGUGAUUGAUACAUUUCCAAAUUUGAAUAUUCUGGAUGUAGACUAAUGUGUAUGUGUUUACACAGAGGGCUGUGGAUAACAUUGCUCUUUCAUAUGAAAAUAUAAUGUACAUCUACAUGUAUUUACAGCCUUUGAGUCGCUUUCAAGGCUAUCUGUAUAAUUAUCUUAGUUGUAAAUAACCUCUUUCAUGUCAUGCUUUUCACUGCGUUUUGCUUCUUCAACACCAGACAAAUGUUUCAUUAUCAUAGUCAGACCCAGAGAAGCAGAUUUUAAUGAAGAGCCACGUUUGCAUCACUACUGAAGAAACAUGACAGUAUUUCACUUUAAUGAGAACUACUUGUUAUACAGUUAUGUAAAUGGCUAAUGUAUGUGCAACAUUAAAGUUAAUCUAUCCUUUAUCAAUUCCCCUAUCUCUGAUGUGAAUAUAACCUAUUGACUUUAAUAAGUUUACCUGUAGAUAUAACUUUAUUGUAGCCUUAGUGUAGGUCACAUACACUCUUCAUGAGAGGAGCUUUGUUAAAUGUGGAAAAAUGCAAUAGAAGUAGGCUGGCAACAUAUGGUGACCCUUAGCUCGCACAAGCUUGUGGACUCUGUUGUAUGUCAUAUUUUCUCCAACACAAAAACCGCCAGAAUUAGACUAAAGUUACUUUUCGUAAUCGUGUUACAGUAUCAAAAAUCAGGUACCUACGAUAGGAAGUUAUGACUUUCUUCACAUUUUCAUGUAAAUAGAAAUAAAUGCCAGAAAAUCAUUUAUCAAUCAUCAGCCAUGGUAAUUAUGAAUGCUCUUAUAAACACCACAAUGGUUUGGGCUUUCAGUAUUUCAAACAACCUUAAUAAAUAUGGUGUUACCAGUCGCCAGAUCACAGAUUUAUGGCGUCACUUUUUGAUUUGACAAAUUUCCCAUGGAUGUGAUGUGAGUUUUAUCCUGGUUUGCAGAAUAUAAGAAUAAAAAUUAUGA